AUGGCUAGCCAGCGUCUUGUCUCAGGUCUCCCACGCAUCUUUCCGUCGCUCCCUCCCUCCCUUGCCCCGCCGUGCACUCCUUGCGUCGCCGGCCGCCUGCGCGCCACUCCGCACUCCUCUUCCCUUCCUCCGACCACUGCUCUCUUCCAGACCCUCCACCUGGACGUCUGGGGCCCUGCCGCUCGGCAGGGACCUGAGUGGGAGCGCUACUUUCUGGUGGUUGUCGACGACUACUCCAGCUACACCACGGUGUUUCCUCUUGCGAAGAAGUCUGAGGUGACUUCUACGCUAAUCCGGUGGCUUCUUACCACCGCAGACACCCGUGGCAGUCGAGUUCGUUGUCUCCACUCCGACCGUGGGGGUGAGUUUCGCUCCUAUGUGCUUACCGGAUUCUGCGGCGAACAAGGCAUCGCGCAGUCCUGGACGCUGCCAGAGUCCCCACAACAGAAUGGGGUUGCUGAGCGUCGCAUUGGCUUAGUCAUGGAUAUUGCCCGCACGUCCAUGAUCCAUGCCCGUGCGCCCCAUUUUCUGUGGCCCUACGCGGUUCGCUACGCAGCCCACCAGCUAAACCUCCAGCCGCGUGUCUCGCGGCCGGGGGCUUCACCGACCAGUCUUUGGACAGGGUCCCCUGGUGCUGGGACGGUCUUUCGUGUCUGGGGCUGCCUUGCGCUUGUCCGCGACACCUCUGCGGACAAGCUCUCGGCUCGCGCCAUCCCCUAUGUCUUCCUUGGUUUCCCGGUGGACUCCUCCGACUACACCUUUUACCACCCACCCUUCCACCGUUUCCUAGACUCCCGUGACGUUCGGUUUGACGAGUCCGUGUCAUACUACACCCGGUACCCCUGUCGAGGUCUCCCGGUCCUCCCUCCUCCUCUUUUCCUAGCACCCUCUCCACCUCCUGCUCCCGCUCCUCCG